CAGAAAAGUAAAAGCGCAAAAAUGAAUAGCGCUGCCUUUUUUAUUCAUUCAUCUGUUCAAUCAUUGUCAUUGUGAUUAUAUAUAUAUAUGAUUCCUUAUUUAUAUGCUAUCAGCCAAAAUCAAUUUGGAUGAACAUCCAAGGCCGGCGGCCAUAUACACUGAAGGACCUCCCUUCGUCGCCGAGAAGAAAACCCUAAUUCUACUACUACUUCAAGUGGCAUUUCGUAAGAGAGCAAGCAGCCGAAGCGAGCGAAGAUGGAUGCUCAAAAUUCAGAGCAUGGACAUGUUAUUGAGGUUUCCGCUGAUGUGCCAUCUUCAGUGAGGGGCUCUAGUGGAAGCAAGGCAUGUGCAGGAGCGACUUGUGGUUUCGCUGAUGCCAACACCAGCUCUAAGGAUUCACAAGAGCGUUCAGCUUCCAUAAGGAAACUUCUGAUUGCAGUUGUAUUGUGCAUCAUCUUUAUGAGUGUUGAAGUAGUUGGUGGUGUCAAAGCAAAUAGUCUCGCAAUAUUGACUGAUGCAGCCCAUUUGCUUUCGGAUGUUGCUGCUUUUGCUAUUUCACUGUUUUCAUUAUGGGCUUCAGGAUGGGAAGCUACCCCACGCCAGUCUUAUGGAUUUUUUAGGAUAGAGAUACUGGGGGCUUUGGUCUCGAUUCAAAUGAUCUGGCUUCUCACAGGGAUCCUUGUCUAUGAAGCGAUUGUUCGAAUUAUCCAUGAUACUGGUGAAGUUCAAGGCUUUUUGAUGUUUUUGGUCUCUGCCUUUGGUCUGCUUGUCAAUGUUAUCAUGGCUAUCUUGCUGGGACAUGAUCAUGGGCAUGGGCAUGGGCAUGGGCAUGGCCAUGCUCAUGGUCAUGGUCAUGGGCAUGGUUUGGGCCAUGAUCAUGCACAUGAGGAUCAUGAUCAUGGCUCUGAUGAGGAGCAUGUGCACAGCCAUGGAGUGAGUGUAACCAGGCACCAUCACCACUUUCAGGGACAUCCCAUACACGAUGAGCACCAUCAUAUCCAUGAUGGAGGACCCAGUGAGCCUUUGCUCAACAGGUCAAGUGAAGGUGACACUAAGUUAAAAGGGGAACAGAAAAAGAAAAAGCAGCGGAAUAUAAAUGUUCAGGGGGCUUACCUUCAUGUGCUUGGAGAUUCUAUACAGAGUAUUGGGGUUAUGAUAGGUGGGGCUAUUAUUUGGUAUAAACCAGAAUGGAAAAUUGUUGAUUUGAUUUGUACCCUGAUCUUUUCCGUAAUUGUCCUGGGCACCACAAUUAGAAUGCUGCGAAACAUUCUUGAGGUUCUUAUGGAGAGCACUCCCAGAGAGAUUGACGCAACAAUGCUUGAGAAAGGUCUUUGUGAGAUGGAAGAGGUCGUCGCAGUUCAUGAGUUGCAUAUUUGGGCAAUUACUGUGGGGAAGAUCUUAUUAGCUUGCCAUGUCACAAUUAAGCCUGAAGCUGAUGCGGACAUGGUACUGGACAAAGUCAUUGAUUAUAUCAAGAGGGAAUACAACAUCAGUCAUGUAACAAUCCAGAUAGAAAGGGAAUAGAUCCCUUUGUUUGGAUUUCUACUUGGUAUUAAGUCUAGGUUGAUGGAGCACUUGUUGAAACUUUGGCAAUUCUUUUAUUCCUAGUCGAAAUUCCAGUGCAGUGGCUAGUGUCUAUAUUUCAUUUCCUUACUGAUUAUUUUACCUGUACCACAAUUUAUUUACUUUUGUGGAUGGGUUUUAGCAUGAGACCUUGCUUGAUUGCACUGCUGCCUGUCUUCUGUUAUGCCUUUUGGUAACAUGGCAGCUUUGUGAAUUCUUUUUGUUAGCAUCUGUCAAUGGGGAGAAAUGGUGUAAAAAGCGGACUCUUUAGUGGUUUGUUAAUUGAUCUUCUGUUUGACUUGUGUUGGUUUA